AUGAACAGGAAACCCGCGAAGGACGGAGCCACCGGGAAGGGUCUCGUGGCCGCGUUCGACAACAACACGAAGGGUGGGGCGAUGAUAAUGAAAAGCGUUUCCAUCUUUCUGGCCAGUGGCAGGCGAGCCUCGGCCCAGUCGAGAGAUCAGGCUGGGAACGGUCCUGGUAGUGCUCAGCCACGUGGGACGUCCGAUUCAAACGCGAAGGACCAAACGGGCACGUCACGUACUGCGAUCUCGCGAGACAACCGAAGAAUCCUUGCCAGGAUGGACGAACUCAACGGGAAGCUUAACCCGAAGAUGCUGGAGAUGUACAAACGGCGGACGCACUUUUCCAAGGUCGAAGUGGAGGCACUAUGCAAGAUCUACCGCAAGCUGGUCGCCAACGCGAGUUUAAAUUCGAAGGCACUAGCCGCGAGCAACCCGGGUGUGAUAGCGAAGGCUGGUUCUUCAAUGGAUGGAAUCGACCGGUCGGUGUUCCGUGAGCUACUCCACAGCACCUUCGAUAUCGUGACGGAGGAAACGUUGAUGGAACGCAUCUUCUGUGCGUGGGAAAAGGGCUACGAAGGUUUACCGAUCCGGCUCGAGGGCUGGUUGAUGGGGUUGUCUACCUUUCUGAAGGGUUCUCAGGCGGAGAAAACUGCGUUCUGUUUCCGUGUGUAUGACCUCAACAGCGACGGGUUUAUUACCAAGGACGAGAUGUUCGCGUUGUUGCGCAAUUGUCUGAUCAAGCAGCCACAGGAUGAAGAUCCUGAUGAGGGCGUCAAGGAUCUGGUCGAGAUCGCUCUUCGUAAGCUAGACAUGGACAAGGAUGGGAAGAUCUCGUUUCAGGACUAUCAGGAGGCGAUCGCAGAAGAACCACUGCUCCUGGAGGCCUUCGGGCAGUGCUUGCCGUCGGAUCGUGCCACGAUGUCCUUUCUGUCAACACUGCAAGCGCAAGAGGAUUCCAACUGA